CCUCUCGCGAUCUCUUCGGCCCGGCUCUCGCGCUCUCGCGCUCCUGCUGCUUCUGUCUGCUAGGUAGGCGCCCGCCAAUCCCGGGCGACAUUACCCCAUCCGCGUAAAAGAUGGAAGGUCACUUUGCUCUCCAUCCAUCUUCUGCAUCUGUGACACUCCUCCGAGCUUCGGCAUUUUGUCAUCGCUUCUGCAACCUUCUUCUUGAGCCAGUGCUGACCAUAAUCAAGUAGAGACAUUGGUUGGAAAUUGCACUACUUCUCGCAACCCUCUCUGCGAGCAGAGCAAGCUUCGCAUCGAAGUCGCAAUAGUCACCACGGGCACGCAUGGCUGCCCUCGAUUUGCCGCUCAACGACGCUUACUUGUCGGCGCUCCACGAAACGCGCAACUUGCGGAAAGCAGAGGCGAGAAGGUUGGCAGCAUUGAGAGCGGCGGGAGAUAUCGGUGAAGCUGGAACAGACCAGAUCGACAUGUCCAACUCUAAUCCUUCGUCUCCCAAGCUCGGGGACGAUCGCUCAGAGGCAGAGGCAGAGGGCAAAGGCGAGGCCCUCGCAAAUAAGACGGGACCCGAAGCGGGGCUGAUUGGAGGCAGCGCAGCUGCAGCUAGAGGUGGCGCGGCUGGAUUGGCAAUCGCAGCAGCUAGCCCUGGAGAUCUCUCCAUCUCCGACACUUCAGUACUGGCUGGCGUGCCCACGCCUUUGCUUCGACUGCUCGUUCUGCUCUCUCCAGCCAUUACUACUCUGGCACUAUUGGUCAGACUGGCCACGUGGACUGGAGGACCCGGCACUGGGUCACACAGCGUCCUGCUGGUGCUGGCUUGGUGGGGCGUCUGCCUCUACGGUUAUGAGGUGCUCAGGUACGCACCCCAAUUGGUCCUGCUCAGCGUGAUCGGCUUCGCUGGUCUGAGGGCUGCGGUGCGAGGAGAGAUAGGAGCGCAAAAGAAGCGCACUCCGCCAGUCACGUCUUCCAGCCUCAACGUCGUCUUGGCGGAUCUUUCUGAGCUGGCCGACUUCUUGAGCACCGUUUCGGGCCAGGUGGUGACGCCCUUCUUGUCUUUGCUUUCAUGGCGAAGCGGCAAUAGCGCAAACACCCGCAGGCUAGCCACCUUCUUGAUCAUCACUUGGCCCGCGUGGCUCAUUUGCUUCUCUCCUGGUCUCUGGGAUGCCUUCAACUUGCCGCGCGUCGGACUUCAGUUGGGGCAGCGCGUGACACACGCCAGCAGCACCGUCGCGUCCCGUGUAUGGCCCCAUGCUGUGCGCAGUGCUAUUGCCAUCGAGGCGCAAGUAUCCAGCCGUGUCUCGGGUCAAGCUCUAGUCUACUUCAUCAAAUUCAGAGAAGCCUUCCUGGCAGCUGUGGUCUACUACAGGCUUCAUGUGCGACCCACGAUUCUGCACGUCGGAGAAAACUUGCACCUGCCUCUUCUAGCUCCGAAGCAAGGUACUCACAGCGUGUCCGCGCUGGCACUUCUUCCUCCCUGGCCUCUCUUUGCGCUCUCGCUUAGACAUGCGCUGCUCACGAUCGGAACAAUUGCCCUGACGUGGUGCGCACCAUGGGCCGCUCUCAUUCGACAUGCUCUUUGGCGCAGCGCGACAAUCAGGCGUUCUGUGCUAGGCUUGCUUCGAAUUCUCUCGGGCGAGCCCAGACGAGCCUUCGUUUCCGGUCGUGUGGCAUACACAGGCAGAUCGAGCUCGGAACAUGCAGUGGGAGGCGAUGACUCCAAGGAUGAGCUUAGCGUACCCAGCUUCUUUGCUGCGCCUCGCAUAGGCAGUGCGAAGAGCGCAAAGGUCAAUCUCGACGUGACUAGGCAUGAAGAUGUAGAGUAUCAAUUCACCAUCUUCGAGAAUCAGAGAUGGUGGGUGGGAUUGGACUGGACGGCUGCCCUUCUGCCGCAAGAGAGACCCGCUUGGUCUGACGAGUCCAACAGCCCAGUUUCGCCUCCAUCCUCAUUCUCGCUUCCACCUGCUCGCGUCACUCUGAAGGCAUCACCGACAUCUUCCAACCCUGCAGCAUACGUGCGACGUCUGGUCAAGUGGCAAUGGAUCGAUCCAGAAUGGACAGUGGCAGGACGCGAUCCUCUUCCGGGAAGCGGCGACUUUGGUGGCAGCGGUUCCGAGGAAGGAGCUCUAAGCGGCCUCCGAGCGGGACGUAGAACCAGCAAUGCUUCCAGCGGAGAUCGUGCCAGUGAUCUACCUUUCGAUUUAGCUCUUCUGGACGUUGAUGCCGACGGAUGGCAGUACGGAGACAAUGCGUGGGAGAAAAUGUCUCGCAAGAAUCAAAUGGGAAGGUACACGCGACGUCGAAGAUGGGUUCGAAGAGCUGUAUUGGUGGAGUUGGUGGAGCGCAACUAUACGCCUACAGCGGCUGAAAAGGCUCAGGUCGGUGCGAGCGGUGGGGUGAUCGAUGUCAGUCCUGGAUACUUGCCCGUGAGCGCGGGAGGAACAGGAACUUCUUUGGCGUCGAGCUCAAGCUCGGGAGCUUUGGCGCGCAUCGACGAGUCGAAAGAGAUCGACCAAUCAAGCGAAGCCCUCAUCAGCCCUACGUCUCCCCGAGGAGAUCUCAAGCAGAGACUAGCACGCGCGGCUGCGUAGGCCGUCCGUGUUCCUGCAAGCAAGACGCGAACAAGAUUGCUCGUGGAUACAAACGCGGCGCAUGGCCACCGUGAUUCGGCUGCAGUACCAGCAAGAAUCUCGCCAUGACUUACCCAGGUGCGCUCCACCACGCGUGGCAUAUUUUACACUUUGGAAUCGCAAAUACAACCAAGAGAAUAGUAUUGAUUGAAAGCAUG